AUGGAUAUCCGACGGAGGCCUCCUAAACCGCCGGUUAACCCCGACGGUUCCUACCGGUUUCAAAAGGAUCGCUCUCCUUCCUCCUCCGACGAUCAUCGCCGCAGAACCACGAUUGCUCCUCCCCCAAAAGCCUCCGAUGCGCUCCCUCUUCCUCUCUACCUCACCAACGCCGUCUUCUUCACGCUCUUCUUCUCCGUCGCUUAUUAUCUCCUCCACCGGUGGCGUGACAAGAUCCGUUACAACACGCCUCUCCACGUCGUCACCAUCACCGAGCUCGGCGCUCUUGUCGCUCUCAUCGCCUCUUUUAUCUAUCUCCUAGGGUUUUUCGGCAUCGAUUUCGUUCAAUCAUUCAUCUCACGCGCCUCCGGUGACGCCUGGGAUCUCGCCGACUCCAACGAUGCCGAUACGAAUUUCCUAAUCAACGACGACCACCGUCUUGUCACUUGCUCUCCUCCUCCGCCUGUCGUUUCCGUUGCUAAAUUAUCCAAUCCGGACCCUAUCGUCACCGAAUCGCUUCCCGAGGAAGACGAAGAGAUUGUGAAAUCGGUACUCGACGGCGCGAUCCCAUCCUACUCGCUCGAAUCUCGUCUCGGCGAUUGCAAGAGAGCGGCGUCGAUCCGGCGGGAGGCUCUGCAGAGGAUUACGGGGAAAUCGAUUGAAGGAUUACCGUUGGAUGGAUUUGAUUACGAAUCGAUAUUGGGGCAAUGCUGCGAGAUGCCUGUAGGGUACGUGCAGAUUCCGGUGGGGAUCGCUGGACCAUUGUUGCUCGAUGGUUUUGAGUACUCGGUUCCUAUGGCUACAACCGAAGGAUGUUUGGUCGCUAGCACCAACAGAGGAUGCAAGGCCAUGUACAUCUCCGGCGGAGCAACCAGUACGGUUCUCAAGGACGGUAUGACCCGAGCACCCGUGGUCCGGUUUGCGUCGGCAAGACGAGCCGCGGAGCUUAAGUUCUUCUUGGAGAGUCCAGAGAACUUCGACACUUUGGCCGUCGUUUUCAACAGGUCAAGUAGAUUCGCAAGGCUGCAAAGUGUUAUGUGCACACUCGCCGGGAAGAAUGCUUACGUAAGGUUCAGUUGUAGCACUGGUGAUGCCAUGGGGAUGAAUAUGGUAUCCAAAGGUGUACAGAAUGUUCUCGAGUUCCUCACCGAUGAUUUCCCCGACAUGGAUGUGAUCGGAAUCUCUGGUAACUACUGUUCGGACAAGAAACCUGCUGCUGUGAACUGGAUCGAGGGACGUGGCAAAUCAGUUGUAUGCGAGGCAGUAAUCAGAGGAGAAAUCGUGAACAAGGUCUUGAAAACGAGCGUGGCUGCUUUGGUCGAGCUCAAUAUGCUCAAGAACCUCACGGGCUCUGCUGUUGCAGGCUCUCUAGGUGGAUUCAACGCUCACGCCAGCAACAUAGUCUCCGCUGUAUUCAUAGCCACUGGCCAAGAUCCAGCUCAAAACGUGGAGAGCUCUCAAUGCAUCACAAUGAUGGAAGCCAUUAACGACGGGAAAGAUAUCCAUAUCUCUGUCACUAUGCCAUCUAUUGAGGUGGGGACAGUGGGAGGAGGAACACAGCUUGCGUCUCAAUCAGCGUGUUUGAACCUGCUCGGAGUGAAAGGAGCGAGCACAGAGUCACCGGGGAUGAACUCGAGGAGGCUAGCGACGAUAGUGGCGGGAGCAGUUUUGGCCGGAGAGUUAUCUCUAAUGUCAGCAAUAGCAGCUGGACAACUUGUGAGGAGUCACAUGAAAUACAAUAGAUCCAGCCGAGACAUCUCUGGAGCAACGACAGCGACAACAACAUGAUCUGAAUCUGAAUCAUCUCUCUGGCCCAAAACUCAAAGAAGGACAAGAAUCCAAAGAAGGCAGGCUUUUACAACUCAUUCACUCAACAGUCUCUCUGGUGGACAGAUUAGGCCAUGUGCAUUGCCUUUCUUUUGUUCAAUAAAAACUUAUAUUUUUUGUUUUUGUUUGACUUAAAUCUUUUUUUUUUGGGGAUUAAGGGUGAGAGAGAGAUUUGGGAUUUUCGAUUCUUCCUCUUUCCUCUUUCUCUCUCUCAUGGAUAAUUCGUGUUCUCUUCGAUCUUGUCUAAAGCUUUGUCUUGUUUGUUAGGAAGUGGUGUCUAUAUGAUAAAAAUCUAUGAAGUUGCGUUUGGGAACAUGAA